UCAAGUAAACCUCAUUGUUAUUUUACUAUAAUAACCACACAUAGUAACCUCCUUUGCCAUAAGUAAUGUAUUAUUAUUUUCCUUAAUGUAUAUGUACUGUAGUUUUGUUAUUUUUUUUGAGUGGACUACAAAGUGAUGCAUCUUCCCCCACAUAGACCACCUUGGUCCUCAGCAGGAUAUGUGACGUUGAACGCACGUCCCCUGUGACGUCAUCACGCACGUAGCCGCUACAGUGUAACAUGAAUGUGAGGCGGAUGAAUGACACUCGGCUGUACAUCCAGAGUCUGAACAACAUACAGCCUGUAAAAGUGAAUCCGUGAAACCGCGACUGAUUCCAGCUCAGAUAAGGGCUCUGUCAUGACUCAUGCUGAUGACUGCAGUACUACAGCAGAGGAUGGAGCCGAGAGCCCUCUCAUUCUGGAAAGAGUGGAGGACGAAACACCCAAGAGCUGGAAAUCCGUUUUGUCACAGCGUCUAAAGAAACACUGCUCGUGCACUCCAGAGAAAGCUAAAUCCAAAAUACUGGGCUAUAUCCCCAUUCUGAAAUGGCUACCACGCUACAAGCUCAGGGAAUGGCUGCUGGGCGAUGCGAUGUCAGGACUGAUUGUUGGAGUCCUAUUGGUCCCGCAGUCCAUAGCCUACUCCUUAUUGGCCAGUCAGGACCCCAUAUAUGGUCUCUAUACAUCCUUCUUUGCCUCCAUCAUCUAUGCCCUCUUAGGCACUUCUAGACACAUCUCAGUGGGGAUUUUCGGGGUGCUCUGCCUGCUUGUGGGUCAGGUUGUGGAUAGAGAGUUAGCUUUGGCAGGAUACCUCACAGAAAGCGGCAGUAGUAACAGUAGCGCCGUCCUGCUGGCUGGCCUGGGGAAUGGCAGCGUUGGAGUGGAUUGUGAUAGAAGCUGCUAUGCAAUCACAGUGGCAGCUACAGUUACCUUCACUGCUGGAGUUUACCAGGUGUUAAUGGCCAUUUUCCAGGUCGGCUUCGUCUCAGUCUACCUCUCAGACUCCCUACUUAGUGGCUUUGCUACAGGGGCCUCCCUGACCGUCCUCACUUCCCAGUUAAAAUACGUCCUAGGCCUGAAGAUCCCCAGGGCUCAGGGCUGGUUCACUUUGUUUAAGACCUGGUUCAACCUGCUCAUCAACCUGGGACACACCAACAUUUGUGACCUUGUGACCAGUUUGGUGUGUUUGCUGAUACUGAUACCUACCAAGAAGCUCAACGACCGCUUCAAAGACAAGCUAAAGGCUCCAAUUCCCUUCGAGCUCUUUGUUGUGGUAAUUGCAACACUGGCUUCUCACUUUGGCCACUUCAACACUGACUACGGGUCGAGCGUGGCUGGUGACAUCCCCACGGGCUUCCUGCCUCCCCGUCUGCCGAUGUGGUCUCUAAUCCCCAACGUAGCCGUCGACGCCUUCUCCAUGGCCAUCGUGGGAUUCGCCAUCACCGUCUCAUUGUCCGAGAUGUUCGCCAAGAAGCACGGCUACACAGUGGACGCCAACCAGGAGUUGUACGCCAUCGGCUUCUGCAACAUCCUGCCGUCAUUCUUCCACUGCUUCACCACCAGCGCUGCGCUGACCAAGACCCUCGUCAAGGAGUCCACAGGGUGCCAGACUCAGGUAUCUGGGCUGAUCAGCGCCGCUCUCCUGCUGCUGGUGCUGCUGGUUAUCGCACCGCUCUUCUAUUCCCUUCAAAAAUGUGUACUAGCCGUCAUCAUCAUCGUUAACCUCCGUGGAGCUUUACAAAAGUUCACCGACGUUCCCCGCAUGUGGCGCGUCAACCAUGUCGAUACCUCCAUCUGGCUGAUCACCAUGGCAACUUCGGCGCUGGUCAACACCGAGCUAGGUCUCCUCAUGGGGGUUUUGGUGUCAGCCUUCUGCGUCCUCGGCCGAACCCAGAAAGCUCAGGUCCUAGAGCUCGGCCGGGCUACAACCAGGGAGCAUUACGAGGGCCUGUCGUCUUACCGCGGCCUUCGGACGCAUCCCGGAGUGGCCGUUUUUAGAUAUGAGGCUCCAAUUUAUUACGCCAACCAGAGCUUGUUCAAGAAAUCUCUCUACAAGUGUGUAGGGCUUGAUCCUGUGAAGGAGAUGACCCAGCUCAUGAAGUUCAAGAAGAAGAAGAACAAACUUCAGGAAGGAGUCCCGAAUAUAACAUCAGCGGAGACGGAGGGUGCAGGUAAAGAGAAUGAGGCUGAAGCUGGUGCGACUAUCACCUUGAUGCUCGACAAGAAAUUUUCCGGUAGCUUACGCAGCGUGGUGAUCGACUGCAGCGCCAUCUCGUUUCUAGACACUGCUGGAGUGAAUGCUCUGAAAGAGGUCCGCAAAGACUAUGCAGAACUUGGGGUCACGCUUGUCCUGGCCCAGUGUAAUACCUCAGUACUGGACGCACUGGAAAGAGGGGGGUACUACCCCGACAAGAAAAAAUGUGAUGGAGGAGAGGACAAAAUCCUAUUCUUCACCAUCGCAGACGCCGUCCGCUAUGGCCAAAGCCUGUCAGCUCCUAACGGAGAUCAUGACGACAAAUGCUAAAGAGUUCUAUCUAUCCAAAUAUCUUUGUUUACAUGUAUGCAGAUGCACAUCUCACAUAAUACAAUAGAAAAGUCCAAUGUUACAUAUGUGCCUUGUAAUGUUACAAUAAUUGCUGAAGUGCAAGUAUCCCACAUUUCCUACAUAACUGCUGCAGAUAGUUAUUUAUUUAAUACAGUUUCAGCACGUCUUCCUUAUAUCAAUGGAGCUAAAGGGAAUCUGGACGUCGCUUUGAGCAACAUUUUCUCUUUUUUUGCAUACAGACAACCAAAUGAGUUUAUGGACAAUCGCCCACCAAUACUACAUGCAGAGGGUUAUUUAGAUUCACAUCGUAAAGGCCGUUACACACUGGUGGUGUUUUUUUUGUAAUCGCACGUCAGUAUAUUUUUUUCGAACUGUUAUUUUUGUCUUAAAGUAUUUUUACACAGAACCUGAAUAUUACGCUGCGAAAAAGCUACGUAAUAAAGAUAUGGAUCUGUUCCGAACCAGGAGGGCAAAGUUUAUUACUCCUUUCAACCUUGACAAAGGCAGCGCAGACCAGAUCCAAUCCCUCCGUUCUUACAUUUCACAAUAAAAGCCCUAGACAUUUAAUAUUCGCAGGGCGAGUAGUUCGCAUUUUCAUGUUGUUUAUUCGUCACGCCCCCGGUGUGUAAAGGCCUUAACUCAAUUUGAAAUUAUCAACCUUAAAUUGAAAAUGUACGUCUAAUGUAAGGCUUUAAGAAAAUAUCAAAACACAUUAGUAUCGCAAUGUUACGUGUUGUGAUAUAAUAGUAAUAUAGUUAGUAAUAAUAGUUGUGACACUAUUGAUUUUUAAUUAACCUCUUAAAAAUCCGACAGCCGAUCUUUUGGAGGUUGUAGCGGGAUCAGUUUUAAAGCUAGGGUGAAGAUACUGGCUUCAUAUUAAACUACAAAAUCGAAGGAAUCCAUUGGUAACCAUUUUCAACUUGACCCACCGGUCUCCCCUUUUCAGUCAUGCCCACUUAGACUACUCCCAUGCAGUUUUGGGCAAAAAACAAAUGUGAUAUUUUUGCUUAAAAUUAUAUAUUUCUGGUGUGUCUUAUACUAUGACAGUUUUCCUAAAAUUUAAUUUAAAAAAAUUGCAAUAUAUCACCUUGCUUACAGUACAGCAAUAUAUCACAAUAUAUUGAAUCGUUACCCCUGUAUCAUGAUACGUAUCGUAUCGCCACAUUCUUGCCAAUAAACAGCCCUAAACUCACGUGGAGUGACAAUAUCAGUUUAUUUUCUAAAUCUACUGUAUAACAGUACAGUUUUAACAAUCGUGUCACAGUUUUUAAAUUCAUCUUUUUGUGUCCUGUGGCUGUAAACGUUU